GAAACCUUAUUUUUUAACUGUGCUAUGGAAUAGAAGCAGGAGGGUUUUCCACCAAGUGACAGUCACUGAGCUGAACUUACCCCCUCCUCCUUUCCACACCUGCAAAGCCUUUUGCCUGGGUUGAAUAUUUAGUUUAAUUACAUCUCAGCUUUGAGAGCUCCUGUUGCAAAUCCCUGGAUUAAAAGGUCCUGCUCAGAGUCAAUGAACUAAGCCAUGAGGCUGGCUCUCCUCUUCGUCCUACUGCUGCCGAUAUGCUUGGCCAAGCCAUUCCACCAAAAGGGCUUGUUCGACUUUAUGCUGGAAGAUGAAGGGUCUGCUGAUUUGCCUCCAACAGAGGAUCCUAUGCUAACUGGAUUUGGACCAGUAUGUCCCUUCCGCUGCCAGUGUCACCUUCGCGUGGUGCAGUGCUCUGACUUAGGUCUGGAUAAAGUGCCAAAGGACCUUCCCCCUGACACAACUCUGCUGGAUUUACAGAAUAACAAAAUCACUGAAAUUAAGGAAGGGGAUUUCAAGAACUUGAAGAAUCUUCAUGCAUUGAUCCUUGUUAACAACAAAAUCAGCAAAAUAAACCCAGCAGCUUUUGCUCCUCUAAAAAAGCUGGAAAGACUUUAUCUGUCCAAGAACAACCUGAAGGAACUUCCAGAAAACAUGCCAAAGUCUCUUCAGGAGAUACGUGCUCAUGAGAACGAGAUCUCCAAACUGAGGAAGGUGGUCUUUAAUGGACUGAAUCAAGUGAUUGUUCUAGAACUAGGCACCAAUCCACUCAAGAGUUCAGGCAUUGAAAAUGGAGCUUUUCAGGGGAUGAAGAGGCUCUCCUAUAUCCGUAUCGCAGAUACCAACAUUACGAGCAUCCCCAAAGGGCUUCCUCCAUCCCUUACUGAACUUCACCUUGAUGGCAACAAAAUCAACAAAAUUGAUGCUGACAGUCUGUCUGGACUCACCAACUUGGCUAAACUGGGUCUUAGUUUCAACAGUAUUUCUUCAGUGGAAAAUGGCUCUCUUAACAACGUGCCUCAUCUGAGAGAGCUUCAUCUGAAUAAUAAUGAACUUCCCAGAGUGCCGGGUGGGCUGGGUGAGCACAAAUACAUCCAGGUCGUCUAUCUUCAUAACAACAAAAUUGCUUCGGUUGGUAUCAACGACUUUUGCCCUCUUGGCUACAACACCAAAAAGGCUACCUACUCCGGUGUGAGUCUCUUUAGCAACCCUGUGCAAUACUGGGAAAUCCAGCCCUCUGCUUUCCGAUGUAUCCAUGAACGCUCUGCGAUACAGAUUGGAAAUUACAAAUAGAUUUCUAAAGAUGGGGUUCAGUUGCAUUUCAGCUAAAGUACCUGUUGUAAUAGGCCUGUUUAAAAAUUGUUGCUAACAAGUAAAGCCAAAUACCAGAAACUUCACUGUAAAGUGGAGAUAAUCCAUUGAUGUAAAAGAAAUGAAUCAUUACAGAUGUACAAGAUCAAGUGUACCACCAAAAAGAAUUGCCGACUGUGCUUUAAUCUGACUUAUUUCAGCCUUCUUUUCCAGCAUGCUUUCUGUGGUAUUUAUCAGUUUGCUGAAUGCUACAGGUUCUCAGAUUCCACUGUAUAUGAGAUUCGGGGUAAAUAUUUGUCAAUCUAUGAUAUAUAUAUAAAAAAAAGAUAACGAUUGAGGGUAUUUUUAUAGCCACACAAGAAAAAUGGCAGAGGAAAAAAGAUGACUCUCAACCUAUUUUUUAUUCUUGGAGAGAGUUAGCCCCUUUAAACUUACUUAAAGCCCUGGAGGUUUAAAAAUAUCCAUUAUAAUACUAAGCUAAUUCUGAAUGUAUCUAUUUAGCAGAGGCAAAUAAAGUUGUUGCUAAUGUCAUUAUUUUGAGAAAAAUAAAAUAAAGACAUAUCAUACACAUACUUCUUUUAAGUUUGCAAUUUUUCUUGAGCAAUGCUAUUCAGAAUUAGGCUAAUAUAAUCCUAAUGAACAAGAUAAAGAAUAGUUUGCAGUACAAAACAUUUAAUCUAUGUCUGGAUCUCACUAAGUAAAUUUCUCUAGGACAAAUCUGUCUCACCUUAGUCACAAGAGCAGCUUCACUGAUUUCAGUGAGACUACAUUGCAGAGUAAGGUGUUAGGGUUUAGUCAUCAGUACCAAACCAUGUAUAUAUCUAAUCCAAAAAUAACAGCAGUGCAGCAUUCCCUUGCUCUGCGAUGUACAUUGGUCUGCAUUCCUUACCUUUCUCAGUAUUUAAACUAUGUUUCUGAUCGCCAAGUAGAGUUAUGCAGGUUCCCCCUGUGAAGAAUUUCUGGGAUUUAGAUUAUAAGCAAAACCAUAGCCAUAGUGAAAUAGGAGGUGAAAUAACUACAAGGCCUGGCUGAAAGUUGCUGGGGCAUCAUUCAUAGAAGUAUCUUCUGAGAAUGAUUGAAAGUCCUCUGCAAAUUGGGAUUCUUCAACCCACACCAGUGGGCAGUAAGCACGUCAAAGGUAGGCUGCACAUUUCUACUGUCAGCCUACAAAGUUAAAUGUAUGCUCAGUCCAAAUGUCACACUAAAAUAGUCUUCAGCCUCUUAAUUCUCCAAAGUCAAUCUCUCUAAUUUGUAAAACUUGUAUGUCAUUUAUAUUAAAGAAUACUGUAAUACAGGCAAA